AUGUGUAUAUAUAUAUAUCUCUAUCUAUCUAUAGAUAUAGGUAUAGGAAUUCGAUGUGCUCUAGGACUUCUGAGCCUCUGGAAGAUACGAGUGCAUCCGAUCACCGCUUCCAGCUUUCCAGCACAGGAUCAGGGCGGCUGUGGAUCCUGUUGGGCUGUCACUGCGGCGACAGUGCUGGAGGCCCAUCGGGAGAUCUACCAUCGCAAGAAGGAGCCCCUGUCCGCACAGCAGUUGGUCAACUGCGUGCAAAAUCCCAGGAACUGUGGUGGCUCGGGAGGAUGCAAGGGUGCGACCGUGGAGCUGGCCAUGGCAUACACGCUGAAGCAUGGGCUCUCCACAGAGGUGGAGGUGCCCUAUACUGGAACAGAUCAGGAUUGCCAGAGUGGGGCCGUGGCUACUUUGCAGUUGACCGACCAGGAUGACUUGGCUGAUGCGGGACUUCGGCGUGCCCAGGGCGAUUCACGCGGCCUCCACAGCCUUGGAAUCCAUGGCUGGGAGAAGCUUCCAGAGAACGAGUACUUGCCCCUGAUGCGCGCCCUGUAUCAUCACGGGCCGGUUGCUGUUUCUGUCAGCGCUAGCAGCUGGGAUCUCUACAUGAAUGGUAUCUUCGACUACUGCGACAAGAACGCCAUCAUCGAUCAUGCUGUUGUCCUGGUCGGCUACGGACGAGAUCAGCAGUUGGGAAAGAAGUAUUGGACGAUUCUCAAUUCCUGGGGCUCCCGCUUUGGCGAGAAAGGUAUGAUCCGCCUUCUGAGGGACGACAAGGAGGAGGAGAACUGGUGCGGUGUGGACAAUCAGCCAGAGCUAG